UGGCUAAUGAGCUCUACUUGGUGUACAUCCAGGCAAACAGGGGCGGAAUGGACUCGUGAACGCUGAACAAGCUUAGUUAGCAUUUUGCGCCGCCCUCGCAUUGGGGCGGAGAUGCAUUCAGCUGCUUUGGGGUGGCUGGCACGGCUGAUGUUCGUGGUAUCUUCAUGGAAGGCCACAUCUACUCUCACCGGAGAUGGAAGCCCUCGUGAAAGUUGUCCAGUUGCAAAGCUGUGUCGCGAUGCGAUCGGGAUCUUCUCAGCAACCCUUGCCUGGGGGACAUCAGACAGCAGAGUGCAGACUUUUCACAUGACGAGCUUGGUUUGUGUGGGUUUCUAUGCAUUCCUUUUGCCAUGGGCAAGGCCUGCCUGGCUGGAGAAUAACAUCUCAGCUGAAGCUGCAAGGGUAGGCAACAGCCUGGAAAAGCAGAGGUAUAUUUUUCAGGUCGCGGUCACGGUGCUGUCUCUGCUAAACUUUGGGUGUUUAGCCAUGCUGGUGCUCGCUUCCCGGGCGAUGAGGAGCUUCACAAUUUCGAGGCUCACAGAGCAGCGCGUGGCGAACGAAAAGUUCCGGGGGCAGUUUCUCAGGGUGCUUCGCACCAGUUACAGCGUUUCUGUGCUGCUACUACUUUUGGUGAUGCUGAUCUAUGCAGUGCUCAGCCGCUUAUCCCGGCUGCCUCAUCCAGGUGCUUUUGUUUUGGGCUGGAGCCCCGCAUUUUUCUCUGCCUGGGCUUUGCUGCAGCUGGUCACAUGCAUUCGCCUCUUGGCGGCGCUUGCAAUGAAUGAAGUGGAGUGCUACUACCAGGAGCUGGAAUCCACCGGUAGCGGCUGCAUUGAGGCACAAGACUUCGUUGCACAGGUGCAGCCGGGACAUUGGCUGCGUUUGCUGCGAGAGCAUCAAGACUUACUGCGGGAUUUGAAGGCAGUAUCAUCCUCAAUCUCUGCGACUGUAUUGGUGUUCCAAAAUGUUGUUGCAGGAUCUAGCCUUUUGCUCCUGUGGGUCGCCCGGGCCUACCAGAAGGACCCUGCGCCAUCCACUGGCUAUGUUGUUUUGGCUUUUACUCUCAUAUGCUCUGGCAUAUUUGCAAUGGUUCCUCUUGCUUACAUCACUGACCUAUGCCAGUCGCGCAGACUCGGCAGGCGUUCCUUGUUGACACUGGCUGACAAGUUUAGCGGAUGGCCUAUGUCCAUGGAGGUGCACGCUGAGUACAUGCGGUUCAUGCAGCACUUAAACACCGCAGAAGCCGGGAUCUACCUUCCAAACAUGGGGAUGGUAACGCGAGCGUCCUUGACGAAUCAGAUCAUGUUUUACGUCAAGGUGCUGCCCUUAGCUCUGGCAAUUACUCUUGGCUGGUGGCGCCGGGGAUGAGUAACAGAGCAGGUCCAGCAAUUCACGGUAAAAUCGUCAAUUGCCAGACAGCCUCGGAGGUCUAAAAAUUAUGACCUUGUUGUGAGCGCAUGUUUUUCAAGUGUAGAGUGGCUCAAAGUGAGCCACGGGGUAGGGUCUUGAGUUUCAUGGGUCACAUGGGACACAUGUGGUGCAGGAAGUGAGGUCAAGAGUACCUAGAGUGCCCAGUUGGAAACA